AUGAACCUGAAGGCGAACAUAUUGCCAAUGACCGACCCGUAUUAUGGACAAAGACUAACGUUUGUGAGUAACGCGCAACAUCUCUACGUAUUGAUAAUGUCAUGGAAUAACGAUGUGACGUACGCUAUGGCUCCCUAUAAACUUUUAGCUCUGCCAUUAGGCAGUUGGCCUUUGCAAAAAUAUGAUAAAUUUUCUUUACUACGUUAUAUUCUAUGUUGCCUCGGUAUGAUUGCGAUGCUAAUCUUGAUGUACGUCGAAAUCUAUCACGAUUGCAUUGAUACAAGCGAGAAAAUCGACAUUUUAAUGCUGACCACUUGCAGCAUUAUUGCUUUAUCAAAGAUAUCGAUAUUCCGCAUUUAUGCCAACAAUUUAACUCGAAAUUUCACUUCUGCCAUCAACGAUUAUCUCGCAAUCGAUACUGAGGAGAAACGCACGAUCAUGCUGCGACACGCUUUUAUGGGAAGAGCAAUUUACUACAGUAUCGUGUUAUUCGGUGUUAUGGGUAUAUUAGGUUUGAUUUUGACGCCUUUUAUAACCAGUGAUAACAAUGCUCAACUAAAUGUAUCUAUGAAUGAAUUUACAUUAGUGUAUCCUGUUCCUACACCAUGUACAUUAGGGCGCUUUCAUAUUUCGACAAAUUUGUACUUGUUAAUUUUUGUGACACAGUGUAUACUGAUAGUGAUGACUUGCACUGCUAAUCUCGGCAGUGAUACACUUCUUUUCGGAAUUAUUCUGCAUAUUUGCGGACAAAUAGAAGUCCUCAGAUUUGAAAUUGCCAACUUUGGUGUCGAAAAUAAAAAUAUAGAUCAAAUUUUUUCAAAACUGACAAGAAGGCAUUCUUAUCUAUUGACUCAUGCAAAACUUCUAAUCGAUGCAAUCAGUUUUGUUCUGCUAGUGCAAUUACUCGUUAGUUGUAUUCUUAUUUGCACAAUCGGCUUACAAUUUAUUCUAGCGUUGAAAACAAGUGAUGCAAUGAUGAUAGCUAAAACUGUUUCAGCAUUAGUUACCUUCAUGUCACAAAUGUUCGCUUACUCGUUCGUGGGCGAUUAUCUCAAGUAUCAAGCGGAGGAAAUCGCGAAAUCGAUUUACGGCUGUAACUGGCACCGAUUUACAGCGAAAUUAAUGAAGAACAUCUUAUUCGUCAUUGCACGAUCACAUCAACCUGUUCAAUUAACAGCUGGAAAAUUUUUUGUCGUUAACUUAGAGACGUACAUGUCAAUUUUAAAAACCUCCUUCUCAUAUUUGUCCUUCCUACGUCUAAUGUUGGAUGCAUAG